ACCUAAAGUGACAAGUCAACGAGGACAAAAAAUCUGAAGACAAUAACGAGACGAACAAUCAACAAGAAAAUACGAUUUUUUAUUAAAAUUUAAUACAUUUUUUAAACAAAAAGAACGAAAGAAACCCAAAUAUACCAAAACAAGUAAAUAAAAUAUAUAUUAUCUAUAAGCAAAUAAAAAGUUAAAAGUCAAACAAAGCAAGAUACCAAAUUUGAUACGACUUUGUUACGUUCGUCUGAGUGUGUGUUUGAUCUUGUAAAUAAAUUUUUUUCGAAGGUUCCUAACAAAGUGUUGGUAUCGUUCGAAAAAAAUUAUCCAAGAUCAUUCUCAUAUCAAACGUAUGCUGCUAAAAUCGCCGUCGAACUAUAAUUUAAUGGAAGAGCUAUGAACCUAGACCAUCUGAAAUUGACGCUGACGCAGAUUGGUAAUUUGGUCAAACAAAUAAAUAAGAAAAAUUUUGCUGAAACAACUGUAAGCCUCAAUCAGUUAAUUGAAGAAUUUGGCUUAGAAGCGGAUCGUCAUUGUCUGCGUUGUCUAUUUUCAAGCAUUAACUUUAGUGAUCCAAUAUUAACGUCAACGUCACCAACGUCAUCCAUACAACAACACCAACAACAACUGCAAGCUAAACUACUACAACAACAAUUGGAAAAACAACUUAGCCGAGCUUCACAUAUAUCAAACAUAUGUUUUGCCAUUGACAAUUGUUGGCCGCAACAAAAGAGCCUAAACCCUACUAAUCAACUUAUCAAUCAAAUUGUACGAGUAACCGGUAUUAAUAAAUUGUGUGAGUGUAUCUUAAGUCUAUCGCUUACACACUCCCAACAAGUGGAAUUACGCACGUAUGCAGCUGAGCAGUUGAGUAAAGCUUUGCCCGAACUAAUCGAUUCAUAUUUGGGUAAAAGUCUACAAUCGGCUGGAGUAAUCAGCAGUUUGCAUGACGUCUCUUUGGAUUUGUUACAGCUGUUAUUAACCUGUUUGGAUACGUAUGUAGGAAAGGCAAGUCUACGUGAGCAAUUUAUAGAAAAGUUAAGAGAAGAAUUUCCCCGUGAUCGAGUACCGCUUAUUUUGGCACCCUAUUUGUAUAGUACGUUAUUUGAAGCAACAACAACAACAACUGUUGAAGCUGAGGCGGCUGGAGCAACUGAAGAAAUACCAAACGAUUUUGGUUUGCUUGCGAGUAGUGUAAACUCUACUAAUGGCUAUGUUUGUGUGGAAGUGCCCAUAGAAGAGAUCUAUGACAAUAUAUGCGAGACGAUAUUUUCCCAUCACGAUCACAACAAUAUUAUGGACACAUCUUGGAUUAAUUUAAUCCUAGAAAUUGGUUAUGAAUUUACCUCAAGUGUUGAAGAUUGUAAAAAUCAUUUACGCAGUGGAACAACCGGCAAUGGAACAGGCAGUGGAGCAGGAGGAGGCGGAGCUGGUAGUGGCUCAGGCAGUCGUGAUUUGCAACCACAAGAUGUGGCCAAAAUCAUUGGACUCAUGUGUCGCCGACACACCUCACUGCUCGAUUGUAAUGUAAAUCUGCCCACACCGGCCAACUUUUGGCCCCAACAGCAAGCUACACAAAACGCCAACCAACAGCAGCAGCAACAAAAUGCCAACAAUAACAAUGAAAAUUCCUCCGGUAAUGCGGACAAAUCCAACAAUGGUAAUGAUAAAAAAGAUAAAGCGCCUGGUGGAAAUUCUUCCAGUGGUAGCGGCAGCACAGACACAACUCAGGCCUGGAAGCCAGAUGUAUUUGUCCAAGCCCUAAAAGAGGUACAGCCCCAGCUUAAUUGGAAAGAUGUGUGUCAGGAACUGGAUCAUCCAGAAUUCAUUUUAAAAGACCGCAUCGGUCUGGAUCUUUUGUUGACCAUAUUCCGUUUGGCUACUCAAUCGACAUUAUUUCCAUAUCCAGAAUACAUUUAUCGCCAUUGGCAAAAUGUCGAGGGGCAAUUUUCUCUUAUUGCCGUCAUGUUAAAAAAUCCCGAUCUCUUUUCAUUUGCCGACUACAUAUUCAAUGCAUCGCCCGUGGAGAUACUUAAGACCCCGCCCGAUACCGAGAACAAGGAAAUAUGUGCUUGGAAAUCAUUGCAUUUAGUGGAGGUUUUAUUGUAUGUAGCUGAACAUGGCUACUAUGCUCCGGUACAUGAACUCUUUAAAUUUCCUGCCCAACACUGUCCGGAUGUAUUGUUUCUUUCACUGCUGCAUAUAAAUCCACCCUUGACUGGCCUAAGGCAAGAACUAUUCAAUCAGCUUGUACCCACCUUCUUGGCAAAUCAUCCCAAUUCGGGUGUCAUCUUGGCCAGCGCUUGGAAUUCAAAUCAUUUUAGCAUGACUCUAAGACCCAUUAUAAUGCACGCCAUGUCUGAAUGGUAUUUGCGAGGUACCGAGUACGAUCAAGUGAAAUUGUCUCGCAUCUUGGAUGUAGCCCAAGAUCUGAAGGCACUUUCAACAUUGUUGAAUGCUCGAUCUUUUGUAUUCGUUAUUGAUUUAGCUUGCCUGGCGUCCAGGCGUGAAUAUCUGAAAUUGGAGAAAUGGCUGAGCGAUAAAAUCCGCGAUCAUGGAGAAACUUUCAUACAGGCUAUUCUAAAGUGCUUGCAAAGACGCUGUCCUCAAGUAACAAAUGCAAAAAUACCAGAUGAUCAGUUGCCGCCCAAGCAGGCCCAAUUACCACCGGAAACGGUCAAUACUAUGCUGUCCUGUCUACAGGCCUGCAUUGGCAAUGUACCUCAUGAUAUUGCCGAAAUAAUCAUGCAAAUGACUGCAAAUUGUUCGAUAAUGGCGAACAAAGCUAGAGCUGCAGCAGCUGCUGCUGUCCAGCAAGGUCCCUUAGUACCACCUCAGAAUGCCAUGCGUGGUCAUCGUGGCAUGGACAUGACAGCUGCAGGUGUGGGUGGUGUACCCGGCGGUGUACCUCCGCCGUUUUCGGCCAAUCUAAAUGCCCAGCAAAUGUUUGGCACCACCAUGGAUACCCUUUCGAAUUUGACUACCAAUAUAGCUGGACUUAAUUUAGGUGGUCCCAAUGGUGCGUUUAACUUUGGCAAUGUUCUCAACACUCUCGUCUCAACACCAGCCUCACCCUCGCGUCUUAUGAAUCCCGCCGCUGCCAGUCCAUAUCCUUUGAAUCCCAUGCAAAUGGCGGCACCACCACCUAGUGUGGGCGGUCUGGGACGUAUGCCGCCUUCGGCUCAACAGCCUACACCCACACCACCCAAUUCCAAUAAUCCCAUAAUUGCCGACUUCCAAGGACCCGUCUCAAAGGAGAUCGAAGAUGAGGCCAACUCUUAUUUUCAACGUAUCUACAAUCAUCCUCCACAUCCGACACUGUCCAUCGAUGAGGUUUUGGACAUACUACAGCGCUUCAAAGAAUCGAAUAUACGUCGUGAACAGGAAGUUUAUCAGUGCAUGUUGCGCAAUCUCUUUGAAGAGUAUCGUUUCUUUGCCCACUAUCCUGAGAAAGAAUUGCAAAUAACCGCUCAACUGUUUGGUGGCAUUAUAGAACGUAAUCUGGUGCCGACAUUUGUAGCUUUGGGUUUAGCUCUGCGCUGUGUUCUGGAUGCUUUACGCAAACCCGAGGGUUCCAAGUUGUAUUAUUUCGGUAUAACCGCAUUGGAUCGUUUUAAGACACGUUUGCACACCUACAACAAGUAUUGCGAAUACAUACGUUCGAUACCACAUUUCAAGGACUUUCCACCACAUCUCCUGCAAUAUGUGGAAUAUGGAUUUUUGGGUCAAGAACCACCCGCCGCAAAAUUGCAAAUGCUAAUGAGUUCUGGAGGUGGAGGAGGAGGAAAUCAGCCUCCACCUGAUUCUAUUUAUCGUAGUAAUUCAGUCACAGGCAACAUUGUUACUACACCCACACAACAGAAACCCAUGGUAGUGGCUCAGUCCAUACAUCCAGCUCGCAUGAAAUCAAUUGUAACGGCCACAAAUAUCGAUACACUGCUGGUGGCCAAUCAUGAGGAAAAGGUUACCGUGCCCCCAGAAGCUGUACAAGACAAGACUGCGUUUAUAUUCAAUAAUCUAAGUCAGUUAAAUAUACCGCAAAAGGUAGAGGAAAUCAAAGACAUUAUGAACAAAGACUACUGGCCUUGGUUGUCACAAUAUUUGGUACUGAAACGAGCCUCAAUGGAAUUCAAUUUCCAUUCGUUGUACUCGAAUUUCUUGGAUGCUCUUAAGAAUCCCGAUAUUAACAAGUACGUCACCAAGGAGACCUUAAGAAAUAUUAAAGUUUUAUUACGUUCCGACAAAGGUGUGGUCAAUUUCUCUGACCGCAGUCUGCUUAAAAAUCUCGGCCACUGGUUGGGCAUAAUGACUUUGGGACGUAAUAGGCCCAUUUUACAAUUAGAUUUGGACCUCAAGUCGCUGUUGGCCGAGGCCUAUCACAAGGGCCAGCACGAGUUGUUGUUUGUGGUGCCGUUUGUGGCCAAAAUUCUGGAAUCCUCCAACAAAUCUAAAGUUUUCAAAUCACCAAAUCCCUGGACCAUGGCCAUCAUGAAUGUAUUGGGUGAAUUACAUCAGGAACCCGAUCUGAAAUUGAAUUUAAAAUUCGAAAUUGAGGUGUUGUGUAAGACACUAAACAUCGAUUUGAACAAAUUGAAACCCAUUAUAUACCUCAAGGAUCCCUCACGCUAUGGCAUGAUAGAACAUCAAAUGGCAAUACCGAAACAAAAGUCUAUAGAGCCUGGUCCCUCACAGCAGCAGCAGCAACAACAACAACAGCAGCAGCAGCAACAACAGCAACAACAACAGCAGCAACAGCAACAAUCACAGCAGCAACCAACGCCUACACCACAUCAACAACAAAUGAUGACCGAAGCCGAUGCACAGGCCAUGAUGAUGGCCGCCAAUGCAGGUGCUGCUGGUGUGGUGGUGCCUGGCACUUCGAUACCUUCUCCCAGUAUACCCAAUGAACAGACGGGACAAAUGAUGAUGCCCGCCCCAGAGCCACGCUACUCGUACGUUGAUAUUAAUGUAACUAAUUUCCAGUUGAUAGCCCAACAUGUGGUACUAUCGCCCCAAGUUGCAUUCUUACAUGUCAAUCCGAAUAUCAAGCAUUUGGUAUUGAAUGCCAUCGAGAGGACCAUCACCGAAUGGCUACAACCUGUCGUGGAUCGUUGUGUACGCAUUGCUGCUUCCACAACGGAGCAAAUUGUACGCAAAGAUUUUGCUCUCGAUCCCGAUGAACAUCGCAUGCGCACAGCAGCCCAUCAAAUGGUACGCAAUUUAGCCGCUGGCAUGGCUAUGAUUACUUGCAAAGAUCAAAUCACCCAGACACUGAACAAUAAUCUAAGGAAGGCCUUUAUGACCACUUUACCGGGACCACCCACUUUCCAAGAUAUCGAAGGUGCCUCCAUGCAACUAACCAACGACAAUGUCGAAUUGGCCUGUGCCUUCAUCCAGAAGACAGCAGCCGAAAAAGCCACACCCGAAGUCGACAGACGUUUGGCGGCCGACUUUGAGACACGCAAAAUGGCUCGCGAAGAGAAUAACCGCUACUUCGAUGCACAAACGUUGGCCUACCAAACGGAGCGUUUGCCCGAACAGGUCCGUUUGAAGAUGGGCGGAGUACCACCCAAUCAAUUUGCUGUGUAUGCUGAAUUUGCCCGCAACAUCCCGGGAUUUCAAGGCAUGAGUGAUCGUGAUAUUGCUUUAUUCCUACCCAAGCCCCAGGAAAUGCCUCCCACAUUUGCCCAAGACGAAAUGGGUUUAAUGUACACCGAAUUGGCCAGCAAAAUGGAGACCUUCCUCAAUAGCUGUGUCAACAACUCAAAUCUCCAGCUACAGGCUAGCAAAAUUCAUGCUCUGCUAAAUGCCCUCAUGGUUACACGACGCAUCCGUGACAAUGAUUCGGCCCUCAAUCUUCUCACUCGCUGUGUAGAAGGUUUUGUUGAGGGUCUCAUCAACAUACCCGAACAUGUCGAACAAAUGAAACUGUAUCGUGACAUACAUUUGCGCAUCCUAACACUGCUGCAGAACACAUUCAGUGCACCGGCUACUGAACGAGCCAUCACUAAGUGUAUUUUCGAUAUACGCGAAGAGGCCCGCUACAAUGUGGAGGCCAUUAAAUUGUUGAUAACAUCACAAUUCCUUAACUUGCACCAGUUUGAUUUGGCUUUACGCGACUGCAUGGAUAAUGGCAACAACUUUCUGGCUGUCACUUUUUCCAUCACACUAAUGGAACGUCUGCUGGUCGAUGAUCGCUCCACCUCAAUUAUAGCCGAAACGGAAUUUUCGUGCACCACAGAUCUGUUAAAUCGUUUGACCCAGCACCGUCACCGUUAUCCAGAGGCAUUAUCAAAUUUCAUUGAUAUGCAUUUUGGGAGUAGCAAUACCAUGGAUGCCGGCACAUUUGGGUCCAUAACCGAUCGUUAUUUGGCCGGUGCAACACAAUACAUACACUCAGGAAUGCAACAUGUAAGGUCCAACGAUUGUGAUGAUCCACCCGGUUUGCAGGAGAAAACUGAAUUUUUACUCAAAGAUUGGGUCUCAAUUUACUCCCAGUCCCAUAAUCUGUCGAGGGAAACGAAGAAUUUCGGUUCAUUUGUGCAAAAAAUGAAUCUCUAUGGCAUUCUUAAAACAGACGAUUUGAUUACUCGCUUCUUCCGCCAGGCCACACAGUUUUGCAUUGAUUUGGUGUAUCGCAUCUUCAACGAUCCCUCACACACACCGGUGCAGGCCAAGACGAAAAUCUUUCACUGGAUCGAUGCGUUCGUGCAUUUAAUAGCUUUACUUGUAAGACAUUCGGGAGAAUCUGGUAAUCCGACCACAAAAAUCAAUCUCCUUAACAAAGUGUUGGGUAUUGUACUGGGCAUUCUGCUGCAAGACCAAGAAGUCCAUGGUGUAACCUUCCAACAGCUUGGAUAUCACCGUUUCUUUGUUAUGCUAUUCCUUGAGCUGAGCUCAUCUGAUGCCGUUUUGGAGUCUCUGAUGCAUAGCAUUGUUACCGCAUUCUCGCAUACCUAUCAUCUCUUGAAUCCAUCGCUCGCUCCAGGAUUUUGCUAUGCAUGGCUUGAGUUGAUCUCACAUCGUGUCUUUAUCGGACGUAUACUUGCCCAGAUCCCUCAACAGAAGGGUUGGCCUCUCUAUGCCCAGUUGCUUUUGGACUUGUUCAAGUAUCUGGCGCCUUUCCUGCGGAACGCCGAACUAGCGAAGCCAGUACAGAUGCUGUAUAAAGGAACGCUGCGUGUUCUGCUAGUACUUUUGCAUGAUUUCCCCGAGUUUUUGUGCGAUUAUCACUUUGGCUUCUGUGAUGCCAUACCGCCCAACUGCAUACAAAUGCGCAAUAUUAUCUUGGCAGCUUUUCCGCGCAACAUGCGCCUACCCGAUCCUUUUACACCCCACCUCAAAGUGGACAUGUUGGCCGAAACAGCAACAGCACCAAAAAUUUGCUCCAACUACGUUAUCAACAUACAGCCGGCCAACUUCAAGAAGGAUCUCGAUUCGUAUUUGAAAGCAAGAGCUCCGGUCACUUUUCUCUCCGAGUUACGUAGUCACUUGCAAAUCUCCAACGAGCCGGGUUCACGUUACAACAUACAGCUGAUGAACGCUCUAGUAUUGUAUGUGGGUACUCAGGCAAUUGCACAUAUUAGAAAUAAAAACUUUGUUCCCAAUACCUCGAAUAUUGCCCACAGUGCUCAUAUGGACAUAUUCCAAAAUCUAGCGGUCGACUUAGAUACCGAGGGACGUUAUCUAUUCCUCAAUGCUAUUGCCAAUCAGUUGCGCUAUCCCAACAGUCAUACUCAUUACUUUAGUUGUGCUGUGCUACAUCUUUUCGCCGAGGCCAAUUCGGAGGCCAUACAAGAACAAAUCACCAGAGUUUUACUCGAGCGUGUCAUUGUCAGUCGUCCACAUCCUUGGGGCCUGUUAAUCACCUUCAUCGAAUUGAUUAAGAAUCCAAUUUAUAAAUUUUGGCAGCAUGAUUUUGUGCAUUGUGCUCCGGAGAUAUCAAAGCUCUUUGAAACUGUAGCACGUUCUUGCAUGGUUAAAUCAAAUCAUCCCCAGCAGAUGAAUAAUAUGGAUGGAGAAAUCCAAGAUAUUAAUUAAAUUUAAUUUAAAACUCAUCGCCAGUCAAACCAAUUGAAUGAUUGGAUGGAUUCAUGAAUGAAUGUGAAUUCUCGUUUUAAAAUAUUGGAAAACUGAUUAAAAAUUAACAAACAAAAAAAAAACAACACAUAUGAUAAAGGAAGAAAGUAAUUGUUUCUUUUUUAAGCUAAAGAUAAAUUAUCCCACAUAUAAAAAUGAUUUACGGUUUAAGAGAUUGCAACCCAUUUCUAAUUUUAUAUUUAUGUGUUUUUAAUUUUAUUUUUUAGUUAUUAUUUAUAAUAUAGAGAGAAAAAACUUGAAAAAAUCAAAAAAAAAAAUACAAAAAAAAAUUAAAUUUUUAAAAUUAAUAAUUAUAAUUCUGUAAGUAGUUUAAUAUAUAAUUUUUGUGAAAAGAAAUCAAUAUAUAUAUAUAAUAAAAUUAUAAUAAUAAAAAAGAAAAUGAAAAAAAGAAAACCACUUUAAAUUAAAUUUUAAAAUUAAAUCUUUUUUGAUGUAUUAUAUUAAUAAAAUAAAUAACAACAAACGAAAAUUAUUGAAAAUUAAAAAAGAUCAUUUGUUUUUAUUUUUCGAACAAAUAAACACAAAUAAUUAAAAACGAAAAUAUUUGUAAAAAAAAAAAAUAUAAAAAAUAACUUUGGAAGAACGAACAAUAAGUAGAAAGUUUAUGUUGCAAAAACUAACAAAUCAUGUAAAUAAUUACAUUUAUCAUUUGGUUGGAAAGCCACCACUAAAUCAAUCUCCCAAAUAAACCUAGAAAUAACAGAUUGAUACAUUUUGUUUAAACUUUAUUUCCGCCAACAUCAAAUAAACAACCUUAUUCUACUUCUACCUACCAAAACAAAAAAAAAUAAUAAAUGAUUUUUAACAAAUCUUAACUAAAUGUAUUUAUAACUGUUUUUAUGUUUUCCAAAUGUUUAGCAAAACAAAUACCAGCAACAACAACUCAAACUUAAAAUUUUUUAAAUGUAUAAAAAACCAACAAAUAAAUAUUUGCAAAAAUAAAAUAUAUAUAUAAAACAAAAUUAAAGAAAAAAUAUAUAUAUAUUAUCUAUCUCCCUCUUCCUUCCUUUAUACUCUAUUAUUAAUAAUACAACAAUAAUUACAUGAAGUAAUAUUAUAAACAAAAUCUAUAUAUAAAUAAUAAUAAUGCAUUAAAAUGAAUAUAACAACAUAAAACAAUUCAACCAACCAACCAACAAAACAACACAUUUAUGUUAAGUCACAUUAUAAAUAUAAAAGAAAAAAUAAAUCAUAUGUAUAAAUAAUUGCAGAAAAAAA